CCUCCGCCCGGUCUCCCGCCGCCGCCCGGCCCCACCGCCUCCACGGACCUCGCUCCGGCGGUCCGGCAGCCCUCCUCCCCGCUGCGCCGCGCCCCUGCGGCGGCCGUCGGCCGCGUGGCCGCGCACACCCGCGCCCGGGGGCAGAGUUGGGAAGAGCGAGGAGGAGCCACGCGGAGCCACGUUCCCGUGGCUUCACCUCCCAAGUGAAAACCGAAAACGACUUCACGAGCAGCUUCGAGGACGGAGCUGCUGCGCGCCCACCCAUUUACCCGCUGGCCGCCGCCUCCCACUCCGGCAAGUCCGGCCGGCGGUGGUGAUGCCAUGAAGACGGUGGUGGCGCCGGCCGUUUGAUGCGCCCAGUCCGCCCACCACCUCCUCCCGCCGCGCUAUCCAAGCACCACCUCCUCUGCAUCCGCCGCUGCCUCCCACCCGAUUGGCUUAAUGGCGCCCACGCUCAGGACCCGCCGCCGCCGCCCACCUCUUUUUUCUCCCCCUCCUCCCUCUCUGCCCUUCUCUUCUCCUGCACCGCGGGUCGCGCCCGCUUACCCGGCGAGCAGGUGCACGCGCGCGCCGUUGCGCUCGGCCUGGGCGCGCACCCCUCGGUGCUCCCCAGGCUCGCCUCCUUCUACAUCGCGCUCGGCGACCUCUCUGCGGCGCGAGCUGCCGUCGAGCGCGCGGCAGGGAAGGCGCGGGCGUUCCCCUGGAACCUGCUCCUAUGGGGCUACGCGGACCGGGGGCUGUGGGGCGAAGUGGUCCUCGCCUACGCGAGGAUGCUGACGCUGGGCGUGGGUGCCGACAGGUUCACGUACCCGUCGGUCCUGCGUGCCUGCGGCGAGCUCCGGGAUGCCACCAUUGGUCGGGGGAUUGAGCAGCGGAUUCAGAGGUGGGGAUACGGCCUGGACAUGUAUGUCUGGAAUGCGCUAGUGGGGCUGUAUGCCAAGUGCGGGGAGCUGGAGGAUGCACGCAGGGUGUUUGACGGAAUGCCUGCGAGGGAUGUUGUGAGCUGGAACGCGAUGGUGUCUGGGUAUGCGUCCACGGGUAUGUGGGGCGAGGCGUUUGAGCUGCUGCAGCAGGUUCCUGGGGCAAACAUUGUCACUUGGAACAUUGUUGCAGCAGGAAAUUUGAAGGCGGGGAACAGCAGCGAGGUGAUGAGGCUGGUGUCGCAGAUGAGGAGUUCCCACGGUCCAGGGCUGGAUUUUGUGACUGUUGUGAUUGGCCUCAAGGCAUGUGGUCGGAAUGGUUAUCUGAGAAUUGGCCGUGAGUUGCAUGGUGUGGCUAUUCGUCUAUGCUUGGAUAGGCUUGAGCGCGUGGAAUGUUCAUUGAUCACAAUGUACUCAAGAUGCCAGAUGAUGAGGUCUGCCUACCGUCUGUUUAGAACAUGUUCAGUUCGGAGCAUGGCAACAUGGAAUUCAUUGCUAGCAGGAUUUGCAUUCAUGGACCAGGUCGAGGAAGCUAUGUGUCUUUUCCGAGAGAUGACUGGUUCCGUUGUCUUUCCAAAUGAUGUUACUGUGUUAACUAUGCUUUCACUCAGUGCACGUUUUGGACACCUGUGUCACGGAAGGGAGAUGCACUGCUACAUCAUCAAGCAUGGACUUAAUGUCUCUAACUUACUGCAGAACUCACUUGUUGACAUGUACUCAAAGUCUAGACAGAUGGCAGCUGCCCGCAGAGUGUUUGAUCAGAUGCAAUGUCAAGACAGGCACGCCUACACAUCGUUGAUUUUGGGCUAUGGAAUGCAAAGAGAGGGUCUUGUAUCACUGAAGCUCUUUGAUGAGAUGAUUGCCAACAAUAUCAAGGUGGACCAUGUGACUAUGGUUGCUGUUCUCUCAGCGUGCAGCCACUCUGGACUGGUGACUCAAGGGCAACUACGGUUUGCUGAGAUGUUUGAUGUAUUUUGCAUUGCACCAAGGGUGGAGCAUUUUUCUUGCAUGGUUGAUUUGUACUGCCGUGAAGGUUUGCUGAGGAUGGCUGAGGAGAUAAUUAACAAGAUGCCAUUUGAGCCAACUGAUGCAAUGUUGGCAACUCUAAUUGAGGCUUGCAGGAUCCAUGGCAAAACAGAAAUUGGGGAUCGAGCUGCAAAGAGGCUGCUGGCAAUGAGGACGGACAACCCUGGUCACUACAAAUUGAUUGCAAACAUGUAUAUAUCAGCAAAACGCUGGCCAGAACUAGCUAAGAUUAGAUCAUCAAUGAGCACGAUGGAGCUAAAUAUGAUUCCAACCCAUUCCUUACUGGAGUCAGAAUAUGGCAUAUGUCCAGUCGAACAAGAUUAUUGCUUAAACCACAGUACACAUCGAGGCUUGUCUGAUGAUAUGACAGAUAUUGAUUUCUCUAGUAGUGAGGAAGUGAAAUUCAACGAAGCUUUUGGUGGGUAACAAUAAAGCUGGAAUUCAAUAGGCUACUUUGGGACCAUGGCUUUUAUGUUAGGCAAGCAUCUUAGCAACCUGUGUUCUUCACAUCGCAGAAGAGCUAGGAAGAUUUGAAAGAAGAUAGUGAGAGGUCCUUUUACCUCUGAUGCCAAGUGGUAGAGGCAAUUGGACUGAACCAGUGUGCUUGCUCUUCCUUCGACAAUGUUAGAAAUCGAACCUUGCGUUAUUACAUACAAAUGAAGGAUGACACUUCCAUUACUGCCUUCAAGCUCAAUCACCAACAAUUUGGCAUUAAUCAAGCUACCACCCUUUCACCUUAAGAGCAGCUGACCAACCUCUGGUUUGCACUAGUGAAGGACAGCUCUGGACCUCUGGUAAGUUUGUUCAAUCCUUUAUGGAGGUUGAAAACCUUUUUACUGGAGCCCAAGUGAUCUUCCAUUUUGCUCAUUUGAUUUGGGGAUCAUUUUGGAUGGGUUCGUUAUAGUUGAAUGGGUUCUCCUUUAGAUCAGUUAGCAUGGAACAUUCUAAUGUAGCUUUAGAUAAUAGAUAGAUAAAUGAUCUGUCAGUUUCAGGAUCUACCAAAGUGCACACUUGCACACUUAUAAGAUCUAGUUAUAAAUAAUUGAUCUUGUGUCAGCAAGUUGUAACUUACAUUAUGUCAUGAUUGUGGGUUGGGGCUAAGGGGGAAAUAAUGAUGUGUUGGUUUCUGUUUCAUUGUAGACCAAAGUGGGGAACCUACUAUGUUAUGCUUUAUUGCUUUUACAAUUACAACAUUUGUUCACCAAUUAAAAAGCACUAUUGUGUGUCGUGCCAAGGGAAAAGAAACAGGGCAUAGUUUAAUAGUACAACCAGUAUAUUUUCCUUAUAUUUCAAUUUAAGGAUGAUAGAUUAGAAUCACACAGAACAAGUUGGAUAUUCUUUUUAAUCACAUUACUUAUAAUUGAACCAAUACAACAUGUUCCUGUUGUUGAUUUUCCAGCCACUUGAACCAGGUGCUUGGAUUAGAGUACAACCUGAGAGCUGUACUCGCUAGUGUUGCUUUGCUAAUCAUCAGGUUUGAGUGCCAUUACUAACUCGAACUCAUGAUCACCCAUUCCCCCACUUGAGGUGCUUACCACAAGGGUGUAUGCACAUCCAUUAAUAACAGUAUGGUUAUUAACAUUUGAAAUUUCAAAAAAGUUCAGGUGGUUUAGGAGUAACAUAACAAGUUUGCUGUUAAUUAACUGUGAUUUUGAUUCUGUUGUGGAAAUUAAACUGCAGUUCUUUGACAUGAUAAAAUGCAUAUAACAGCAAAACUGAACUUAAUGUGGAUAGUUCAUACAGCUUUAAGCUAAGUGUACCUGAAUAGGUUUUGUGGCUUAGCAACGAACAUUAAGCUAUACACAUUUUCAUUCAAAGGAGGCUAAAAAACUUCACCAGACAUUGGAAAAAAAAGCCACAUAACAUGCAGAAGUAGACUCAGCAAGCUAAUAGUGAUAAGCGGCAGGAAAGGAAUUGGAUUGUACCUUAUCUUCCAAUUCUUUGAAGGUAGUGAUCUUUUAAACCAACUAUUUUCAGUCACAGCAGGAGCAGAAGAUUUUGAGGUAUCUUCUGCUUCUGAUGAAGAUAAAUUUAAAACUAAUGAAGAUAGCAGUGAAUCAGUGACUGAAGUUGAUGUAUUGGUGGUGCUGCUGCUUCGACCGCUAUUUCCAAGCAGCACCUUUAAGUAGGUCUCUUGAAGAUCUCUCCCUGCAUAAGUGAGAGUGUGGUUGCCAGCACCAGCAACUCUAUGUAACCUGUGAUGUCUUUGCAAGUGCACAUUAUUAAGGAAACAUAUGAAAGAUACAGUUCAAAAAGCACUUCUACAACACCAGUGCAAACUGCCUAUAAAGACAAUCAUCUAGGAAAAGGAUAUUUUGAACAGGUAGCCGUGCUGAAGAGUUAUAUGUUCCAACAAGUCCUUUGAAAUCCUGGCCGAGCAAACUGGGCAAGCCUAUGGAUGUGGCUAUGUGGGUAUAGAUUGAUUUCCAUAGUGAUGUGGCUAUGUGGGUAUAGAUUGAUUUCCAGCUCAUUUGCGAUGGUUUGGCACGGCAUGUGCUAGACCGAUCCAAACACACCCUAUUUUCCUCUGUUACGCGGAUACUCCUAGGAGGUGGCGUAUCCGUAUCCGAUACGUAUCGGAUACGGAUACGCCCCGGAUACGCCUCGGAUACGUUUCUAGCCGUAUCCUGAAAAAACGGAUACGUAUUUGCUUGGAUACGCGUAUCCGAUACUUUUGGGCCAGAUGGGAUACAGCCCAAAGCAGUAAUCAGCCCACCCAAAUGAUGUUUUGGUAGUAAGAGAUGAUACACAAUGAUGAACUUGCUGCAAUAGAAUUAGAUAAGCAGCAACUGAAGAACCCCUUGUGGAAUCAGUUGUGCUUUUAGAGAAGGCUGGUUAUAGAGGUAAUGUUAUAUGGACAUGCAAGUAUUGCACAUCUGAGUAUAGGGGAAGUUACUCAAGAGUAAAAUCUCACUUGCUGAAUAUCUAUGUGAUAUUUAUAUAUAAUUAUUAAUUAUCCUAGCCGUAUCCCCGUAUUAGUGUUUUUUGGGAAAGUGCGUAUCCGAUACGUAUCAUAUCCGAUACCCGUACCAGUAUCCGUGUAACAUAGCUAUUUUCCAUACUCCACUAGUUUUGGUCCAAACAGGAUGUUAAAUUAGUGAGCUCCCAACCCCCAUCCAGGCAAAAUAUUUCGUUCCGCCUGUAAAAAUUUCCGGACCUGUAAUUUACACUGGUUUAGUGUCCAUGUGCCCGUGUCCAUAGGAUCAUCAACAGAAUCAGGCCCAGUUAGGAUAGCCCGCGAGGCAUCCAUUUUGUUCCUCUUCCGAGAGAACAGGCCACAUAAAAGAAGAAGAAAGCGACGGCGACCAGUGCUAAAAUUUGAAACCCUCGAUCGGGGCGCCGGCCGCCGCCGACCAUCCCUGCUCCGAUCCGCCGCCUCCCACCAGCCAAGAGCUCAGAGUACUUCGGAAUCAGGAGGGCAAUGAUGGAAGCCGGCGACGAGAGCGCCAAGACGGAGGCGGCGCUGGGGCUGAGGGAUAAUAAGCGUCCAGCAUUGGGUUUAACUGCACGCACUGAAGACAUUCAAGAGAUUGUCAGUAUCUUACAGAACAAGUAGCUUACAGUGCUGUGCAGCCUAGCUUACAGUGUAGUCGCAUUCACAUUACAGUAUCAGCUUCUCUUUAACUUGUCUAGCUAUCUUCUCGCUAGCUGCUUGUCUGACACUGAACUGCGUUAAGGUGAUGGGGGACUUCCUGGAUAAGUUAGGGCUGCUAUGUUGUGUAUCUGUGGUAUAUGUGUUUUAGGUUGUGCAAUAGUGAGACUUAUUUGAGGAUAAUUCGAUGUACCCUCUGCUGUGUCAUUCUUGGAUCACUGUGCUUGAUCAUGAAAGUUUAUGGUUCCUGCUGGAAAUAACCAAGCUGUGAUGUCAGCGCAUUCUGAGUUGUUUUUCUACAACAGCUCCAGUUUAUUUGCGA